ACGGUAAUGGUGCUGAUGAGGGCGAGGAGGAGAUGUGUGAUGCUGCUGUUGUGUCCUGCUGCCAUUUCAUCAGCGGAUCAUCACGGAAAUAUCAGUAGUCUUGCUCAAAUUAAUCAGCAGCUGCUGUUUUAAUUCUCAACAGGCUUUUUUUUUAUUUUUUAAAAACGGCUCAAAGUGAUGGGAGAGAAAAGCCCUGCUUAAUAAUAUGAUGUUAUUGGAGGGCUAUUUCUGUGAGCAACAACACCACCACUGCUAGUCUUAAGUAUCAUUUUUGGAAGACAUAAUCAUCGACAUGGGGUUUAUUUUUUACAGAUACUGAACUCUUAACUUCAAGAUUUUAUUUUCAUGAGACAUGGAGACGAUAUGGCUUUAUCAGUUUCGCCUGAUUGUCAUCGGAGACUCCACAGUCGGCAAGUCGUGUCUGAUCCGGAGGUUCACUGAGGGCCGCUUCGCCCAGGUGUCAGACCCCACCGUGGGGGUGGACUUCUUCUCCCGUCUGGUGGAAAUAGAGCCGAGCAAAAGAAUCAAACUUCAGAUCUGGGACACUGCAGGACAGGAGAGGUUCAGGUCCAUCACCAGAGCCUACUACCGCAAUUCGGUGGGCGGGCUCUUACUCUUUGACAUCACAAAUCGCAGAUCCUUCCAGAACGUCCAUAUCUGGUUGGAGGAGGCCCAGAGCCACGUCCAGCCGCACAGCAUUGUAUUCCUGCUGGUCGGUCACAAGUGCGACCUGGAGGCCCAACGUCAGGUGACCCAGCAGGAGGCAGAGAAGCUGGCGGGGGCCUACGGGAUGCGCUACGUGGAAACAUCAGCACGAGACGCCAUCAACGUGGAGAAGGCCUUUGUGGAUUUGACGCGGGACAUCUUUGACCUAGUGCGGAGCGGGGACAUCAAGAUCCAGGACGGCUGGGAGGGCGUCAAGAGUGGAUUUGUUCCCAAUACCGUCCACUCCUCUGAGGAGGUCACCAAAGGCAGCCGGCAGUGUUACUGCUGAUUUUCCUGGCUGUAGCAUGUGGGGAGGACAGGUGGUAAAUACUUCAGUGGACUCCAUCUGUAGGAGAUCUCUUUCUAGCCAUGGCUGCACUCAGGCCAGUUUUGUGGGACUCGUAAUACUUCCCUGCUGAGCUAACACACUUUACUUCUAUACACAGGACAUUGUUUUGUCUUUCAGGUGCCUGUUUAUGGCUCUGUCCAAACUUAGGACACUUUAUUGAUGAUCCUAGCAGGCAUAGAAGCACAAGAAGCAUCCUAACCCCAUCACUGUUUUGUGUGCAUGUGUGUGUGAUUGUAUUAACCCUCAGCUCUUACCAACACUUCAGCUUUACUCCACUUUCUUGAUGUGUACAGUCAUAUUCCAGUGGCCGGUUAUAUUCUUGCUGCACAUCUCUGAAAGACUGAGACUGUCAGCGUAGCGUGCUUAUGCUUAUGUUCAUUUAAAUCUGAAUCAGUGAUGCCAAAACUGAGCCAUGCCACUUUGUUUUCAUGCAUAAUACUCAGAAUAUACUGCAACCUUGUACAGACUAUAUCCAGUGAGAGGGAUGAGACAGAAAGAGAUCUUCACUGAUUGUACUGCACUAUGAAUCCAAGUGGCUUAACACAUGAGAGAGUGGAGGAUAAUGAACGUGAAUCAAAUUGAACCAAAGUUAGCGUUUUGUUUGUUUGAAUGCUAGAGAAAGAGUUUGCACAGUGAAAACGUUCAAUGGUACAUUUGCUGUUUGCUGAAAGGAGAGCACACUGUAGCUGCUCACUGAUAGCCAUUAUGGGUAGUUCACAGCAAGGAGUUUUAUCACAAUGCUAAGUACCCAGUUCAUGUUUACUAACUUGUGUUGGUUUACUGGUGAGAACAGGUAAGAUAUAACCUUAAAGCCUUUUGUAUGAAACCCCGGUGUGUUUAAGAGUCAAUAAAUAUAUUAGAAAUUAAUAAUCAUAUGAAUAAAUUGUGUGAAAUACACAAAUGUAAAACCUCUGUUAACAUCCCUGAUGACAGACAAUUAGUACUGUGAGCAUGUGGUCUUUUGUCGUGGAGAUCAUGGUGGGACGUAAGGCAGUGCCUCUUGUCCUGAAUGUUCGCUCUUUUAUUUCAAAUGAUGUUUUAUUUCAUGUCUUCAUGUAUAGUUGUAAGCAGAUACCUCACCUUUCAGUCAAUUACAUGCUCCCUAAUUCAGUUAUUUAGCCAGUUAGCACCUUUUAGCUAGAGCGUGCACAGACUGUCUAUGCUCGCUCUAGCUCUGUGGUUAUCUUUGCCUUUGAAUUACAACUCAGAAGUCACACUCAGCUGUUCAUUAUUACGGUUUAAAUGAUAUGUGAACACAGCAUUAACCUCACCUAGCUAGUUAGCAAGCUAGGUAGGAACCAUGUAGAGCUUUUUCAAGCUAAUUAAAUUGAUGUUACUUUGUCUGUAUACUGUUUUUUUUUUGUUGUUGUUGUUGUUUUGUUGUUUUUUUAACAGGUGCUAAAUGGCUAAAUUUGGUAGAAGUUGCUAAGCUAACUUAAGAGAAGCAGGGGCCAUGAUUGACUGAAAAGUGCCAUUAUGAAAUAAAAAAUGACAUAAAAUAAAACUGUAAUUAGGAAAAAAAAAAUCUUGUGUAAUUUAGCCUAAACAUUUUACACAAUUUAUUCAUGUGAUUAUUUACUUCAUAAUCACUUAUUUAUUUGUGUAAUAUUGAACACUUUGGAACUCCAUAUUUUUGAAAACUGAAUUUGAAUAUGGAGACUGCUCUUAAAUAUUACACACUUUCAGCUCUUCUCACACUACAAUCCAUUUAUAGAUUCAAUCAUGUCCAUAUUUAUAAUUAGUGCAUGCCUCCAUUUUAACUGAAAUUUUCCAAAGAAAGAAAAUAACAUUUAUUUUUGAUAUAAUGUAAAUAACCGUUUCACUCGGUACUUGGAAUCUGAUCAGAGAGAGCAGAAUGAAUGAAGUUUAAUUUGUUGCUUGGGGAUGUGAAAUGAUCUUAAGCACCAUGACAGUGUAUGUUAACCACGAAAAGUGAACAUAUUAGGAAUAUUGAACUAGACAGUUGCACAGAUUUCAGUUCAGAAUGAUGUUAUUAACUAAUUCAUUGAACAGUUUAGAAACAGCAGUGAGUGAGUAUUUGUUUUGACUGCAGAGGGUUAGUGUCUCUUUUGAGUGCCUUUUGGAGGAAAGGUGCCUAAGCACAUGCAGCCAGCUUACUGUCCAUUGCUACAACUGUGCAUUUAUCUUGUGAAUAUUAACAUUUAAACUGUGAGGUGGUGGGAAACACAUUGAUAUCACAUUACACAACCUGUAAAUAAUUUAUUUAAAACCAAACCCUGACAAAUUUGACUGUUCAAUGUGUCAUCAAUAAUAAAUGCCUGGAAACAUUAAUAAAGAUUUGCCUUGUGCAAAUAAUGGACUGCUCUUUUUUUUUUUUACCAUUAAACUUUAGCAAAAGGUCAUAAGUGCAGUUAAACAAUUGAUGUAAUACUCUGUGUAACCACUAGAUGGCUGCACUGGGUGGAGAAUUUACAGUAGAAGGGUGGGGAGCUGUUUAAACAUAUCAUGUUUUAUGUUUUUGAUAUUUUGUUUCUUUUUGUGCCGAGUGUGUUUUACUGUUUGGUUGAAUAUCACAUGAGUUUCAAUGUGGUGUGACCAGAUAGGCUUUGGAUCACCAAUGACAUGUUAAGGCAGAUUUGUAAAUAGUUCCUAAUUUACAUGUAUUUGUUGUAUUGAGAGAUUUGUUUUCACUGUAUCAUUAUUUUUGUAUUUUACACCGCUGUUACAUACAAGGUUCUUACUGUGAAUAUGGGCAAGAAUGGUGACCACUGACUGUGAGAAACCUGUGAACACACUGUUUUCACAGUUUAUACAGUUGGCUAUAAAGGAUAAUUGAGACCUUU